AAGACCCCCCGUUCAGAUUUGUGUCACGGUUGUCACUACAGGUGAAAACCGUAACACUGGAUUAUACACACGGCCAUUAAUAUUCAGAAUGAUUAAACUUUUGAUUCUGUUAUCCGUAAUUGGAGCAGCAUUGUCAGGUCCGCGGUGUCUGAGUUGUAACGGGGUCCCCAUACUGACUGAUUGUAACAACAUGGUGGAAUGCGGUGAUCACGAGGGAUGCUACACUCAGAAAGUGACUACAGACGUGGGAAGCUUGAUAUAUGAGGCUGGCUGUAUCAGUAUGCAGAUUUGCAAAGUAAUAAGCGGCCUCAGUCAUGAUCACGUGCUCGGGAAGAGAGACAUCACGAAUUGCUACGAGUGUUGUACAGACGGCAACCACACGAGUCCCGACAGCACACCAUGCAAUACCCAUCUGUGUGGCAUAGGUGACCGACCGGAAUCUAAAUGUUAUCAGUGUGAUGACGUCAUAAAUCCAGAGGAUUGCAGGACUACCGGUUAUUGCGGCUUGGAUGAGCAAUGUUUUACAGAAAAGGUGACAAACCAUGCGACAGGAGAAGUAAGGUUUCACCUGGGAUGUCAGAGGAAACGGGUGUGUCAGAGCCUGGGGUUAUUUCCAUCUCUCCCUAAUUCUGGUAGUUGUAACGAGUGUUGCGACCAUGACUACUGCAACAUUGGCCUCUGUGGACUGGCGUUAUUAGGUAAGCCUCAGUUUAUCGCAAAACCUGAUAACUUUACCGUGGAUCCGCACACUAAGGUCACUCUUCGGUGCCGCGUGGAUCCAAAGACGAAUGGCACCAUUAAAUGGACUUUUGAACCUCUGGCAGGAAACUUAGGGCCGAUUCCAAAUGGUAUAGUUCUAAAUAACCAACCUUCGUUAACUCUGACAGCGGAUGUGACGUCAUAUGGCACGUACACAUGCACUGCCACAAAUGUGAACGGGUUCGUUACUGCCAAAGGAUAUGUGAUGCCUAAAUUUCACUCAACGAUAAAGACCACACCCACUACAACAACCCCACCUACAACAACGACCACGCCCACAACUACGACAACACCAACAACUACAACAACCACGCCCACAACUACGACAACCACACCCACAACCACGACAACCACGCCCACAACCACGACAACCACAACUACAACAACCACGCCCACACCUACAACUACCACCACUAUGCCCACCACCACAUCACCUACUACUGCGUCUUGUCCUAGUGGUUGUUGUGACACAGACCCACGGUGUCAUCAAUUCGAUUUUGUAAUGACAGUUUGUGUCGACGCGUUGAAGGCUACGGUUUGUGCAAAAACAUGCGGACUUUGUUCGCAAACUACUACAACCACAAAACCUCCUUGCAUUGACACGGAUCCCAGAUGCCAACAGUUUCAAUUUCUAAGUACUGCUUGCCUGGACCAAGAACAAUCUAAAAUUUGUCCGAAAGCGUGUGGUGUAUGCACAGCAUAGAGAUGGUUCUUUCUAACCACUGGAGAGGUGGACUGUGGUUUGAAGAUAUAGCAAUAAAACAUUGACCAAA